CCAUUUACUAGUCCGGUUAAUCGAUAGCCGAACUCAGGGGUCGGAGAAUGUUUUGUAGACGUGGUACACAGUUAGCUAGUUUAUAUUAGCUAGCUAACGGCUAAUACGUAACGGCAUUACCUACAUUACAUUAGCUAACUGAGCUAAGUGAUAGAAAAAAAGAAUAAUUAAGCCUGCAAAUAUGUUGGACUUCGCUAUAUUUGCUGUGACGUUUGUCGUUAUUUUGGUCGGAGCUGUGCUGUAUUUAUAUCCAUCAUCGAGGCGAGCUUCCGGUGUUCCUGGCUUAAACCCUACUGAAGAGAAGGACGGUAACCUGCAAGAUAUUGUAAACAAGGGAAGCCUGCAUGAGUUCCUGGUCGGGCUUCAUGAUCGGUUCGGUCCUGUGGCGUCGUUCUGGUUUGGGCGGAGACCAGUAGUGAGUCUAGGCUCUGUAGAUGAACUGCGACAGCACAUCAACCCAAACUGGACCACGGAUUCCUUUGAGACGAUACUCAAGUCCUUGCUCGGUUACCAGUCAGGAGCAGGCGUGGGAGGGGCUGAGGCGCUGAUGCGGAAGAAAGUGUAUGAAGGGGCUAUUAACAAAACACUGGAGAAUAACUUCCCUCUUCUGCUCAAACUGGUCGAGGAGUUAGUCGAAAAGUGGCAGUCGGAUCCAAAGUCCCAGCACACGCCCAUCUGUGCUCACCUGCUAGGAUUGGCCAUGAAGGCCGUCACUCAGCUUGCCAUGGGCAGUCGUUUCGCUGAUGAUUCCGAAGUCAUCCGCUUCCGCAAGAACCACGAGGCCAUCUGGUCAGAGAUUGGGAAAGGUUACCUGGACGGUUCUAUGGAGAAGAGCUCCAGCAGGAAGGCGCACUAUGAGAGCGCGUUGUCCGAGAUGGAGUCCAUGCUGAAGGCUGUUAUAAAGGAGAGAAGUGGGCGUGGCUCGAGCCAGUCGGCUUUCAUGGACUCUUUACUGCAGGCCAAACUGUCAGAGAGACAGGUAAUGGAAGAGAGCAUGGUGUUCACCCUCGCCGGCUCCGUCAUCACUGCAAAUCUGUGCAUCUGGGCAGUACACUUUCUGUCCCUGUCGGAGGCAGUGCAGGAGAAACUGCAGGAGGAAUUAGCAGAGGUGCUGGGUGAUGAGCCUGUGUCCCUGGACAAGAUUCCACAGCUCAGGUACUGCCAGCAGGUCCUGAACGAGACGGUACGCACAGCCAAACUCACCCCGAUCGCAGCCAGACUUCAGGAGGUAGAAGGGAAGGUGGAUGGACAUGUUAUUCCUAAAGAGACUUUGGUUAUCUACGCGCUCGGUGUUGUCCUUCAGGAUGCAGAAACGUGGACAUUACCAUACAGGUUCAAUCCAGAUCGAUUUACAGAUGAAACGGUGAUGAAGAGCUUCUCGCUGUUGGGCUUUUCAGGAAAUCGGGCCUGCCCUGAGCUUAGAUUUGCGUACACAGUGGCGGCGGUGCUGCUGAGCUCGCUGGUGCGCAGGCUGCGGCUGCAGCGCCUCGAUGGCCAGGUGGUGGAGUCCAGGUAUGAGCUUGUGACCACACCGAAAGACGACACCUGGAUCACAGUGAGCAAGAGAAACUGAUUCGGCAGGUUCCCGCGUGUCACACACAACCGUAAAGGACACUUUGAAGAGAUCGGUUUUCCAGGACGUCGGAUGUCAAACAUAGUGCCGUGUUGUUGGAGUGUUGAUGAUUUUGUUGCUCGUAACAUCAGGCAUGACCACUGGACAAGAAUGACUUCUAAUGCCUUCUAAAGUGUUAAGUCUAAUGAGUAAUUUCAGUGAGCUGUUUAAUAUCUAAUUCCUUUUAGAUAAAUAACUUGUUUGCUGCAAUGUGCUUCUUUCAGGUCAUUCCAUUAAUGAAAAAAAAUCUUGAAAUGAAAAAUUCUUUUGUUUGUUACGAGGAUUAACAAUCAUAAGAAUUCUGUAUUUGUACAUAGCUGGGUCCAAACAUUUGCACACCCUUUGGACAAAAUGAAAAAGACUGAUGUUUCUUUAUCGCUUUUGUAAUGAAGAUAGUUGGAUAAUUUUAAAAAGAAGAAAUAAAAUGACAUUACAGUGAUUCUACAA